ACCAUCAAAAGAACUUUCUUUACUCUUUGAAAAGUCAUUGUUUCUACAGUACUUUUCUCAACUUCUUCAACUCCAAGCAAAAAAAACUCAAAUCAAAAUCAGGAGCCGUGUCAACGUCACCAACCCCACAUCACACCACCUUGUUCAAUUCAAGCCCAAAAUCUCUCCGUGUCUAUCUAUCUAUCUCUCUAUCUGAAAAAAGAAGAAGAAGAAGAAGAAAAAAAAAAUGGCGUACGUAGACCACGCGUUUUCGAUUACAGACGAGGACAUGAUGGUGGAAACCUCGUACACGAUGAACAACAAGGCUCCUAUCAAAGAGAUCGCCCUCGCCGUGUCUCUCCUUGUCUUCGGCACUCUCGGAAUCAUCAUCGGCAUCUUCAUGGCCAUCAACCACAUCGGCGGCGACCGUGCCCACGGUGUGUUCUUUGCAAUAUUGGGUUCGAUCUUGUUCAUUCCGGGGUUUUACUAUACAAGGAUUGCUUACUAUGCUUAUAAGGGUUACAAGGGCUUCUCUUUCUCCAACAUACCUGCUGUGUAAUCCUCCAUUAGCUUGCCCAAACUUUCACAUGUUCCUGUACAUAUCUUCUCUGAGUUCUACUCUUUUUACUUUUUAAAGAAUUUUAUUGAAACUCAUGUGAAUUAGCUGCUACUAGUUUCGAACAAGAGAGUUUUUAUUUUAUUAUUUUUAUGAAUAUAGUGGAAUUGUGUUUUGUCA